CUUAAGGACUUUGCCCGGCGCAUCUCUCCGCCCACCCCUCGCUUUCAAUCCCCGCCAUCGACGCCUUUCAACUUCAACUGACGCCUUUAAACUCCACCCCGACAUUCGCUUGUAUAGAGACGUCGACGGCGGCGCCGCUGACGCUGCGCGGACGGUGCGGGGGGGUCACGAUGGCGGAUGAGAGGGUGUACGCGCCCGCGCCGCGAGGGAGGACGCGCGGCGGAGACGGAGUAGUACGGAGGGGGGAGGAGGAGAAGGCUAGGGAGGAGGACACGAGGAGGGAGAUCGAGGCGUUGAUGCGGGAGCUGGACGCGGGGGAGGAGGACGACGCGGCGGAUGAGGCACGGCUGGCGCCGCCGCGGAUGACCCGCGCGGACUCCUUCGCGACCCUGCGCGCGAUGUUCCCCGAGGUUCCCGACGACGCGCUGCGCGAGGCGAUGGAGCGACACCCCGGGGACGUGAACCGCGCGGCGGAGCGAAUCCUGUGCGCCGGGCCGCCGCCGGGACCGAAGCCGUCGUUCGCGACGGCGGCGCGCGUCGAAGGUUGGGCGCCCGUCGUUCCGUCGCGGUCGCGCGCGCGCUACGACGACGCGUCCGCGGCGGCGGAGGUUCCCGUCGGCGGCGAUCGCGUAGACGACGUCCUGAGCGAGGUGCGGCGGCGACAAACGCCGGCGCCGGCGGCGAGCGCGGGCGGCCGCGGCGACGACGCGUCUCAGCACGCGACGCGCCGAUAUUUGACGCGCCUCCACGAGGAGUGCGUCGUCCUCCAACGUUCGCACGCGUCGCUCAGCGCGCUGUCCCGCGCGGCGUACAGCCGCGGCGACGGGCGGCAGGCGAGUCAGCUCAGCGCGCGCGCGGCGGCGGUGCAGAUUCAGAUCGACGCCGCGCGCGCGUCCGCGGCGGCGGCGUCGUUGAAGUACCACAACGCGAACGGCGGCGGCGGCGGCGGCGGCGGGGGCGGCGGCGCGCGGUCUUGCGUCGUCGACGUCGACCUGCACGGCCAGACCGCGGACGGAUCUCUCCGGACGCUGACCGCGGUCUUCUCGGGGGCGCUCGCGACGAGGAACGUCAAGGGCGUGCGCGUGAUCGUCGGCGGGGGGAGGCACAGCGCCGGCGGCGUCGCGAGGGUGGGUCCCGCGGUGCGCCGCGCCUUGGAAGAACGCGGCGUUCGGUACGUCGAAGAAAACGCCGGGGGCGUGUUGCUGGUGCCGUUCGCGUGAGCGCAGAGCUCGAGGGAUACAGAUAGAUCACAUAGGUAGAACGAAGGAACGAACGAAUCAUAACUACUAAC